UUUUCAAGCGAGCGAAGCGGUGUAUGCUAUUUGUUUCCUUCUUUCUCGUUGGGUGUUGAGAAUUCUUGAACGCUCUGCUGCGUUCAAAUCAUGAAUGUGUGGAGCAUUGAACUUUCUAAAUUUUUAUCUUCUUGGUCAAAGAGUUUUGAUUCUGUGAUAAGUUUCUGCUGCAUCUUAUAGUGUAAUAAGUAGUUACCUUAAUCUAACUGAUGGCAGAAACAGUACCAAAUGUAACAGAGGACCCAGUUGUGCUGAAAGAAAGCAAUUCCAGUGAAUCGUCAGAUUCAAUUAUAAAUGAAGAUGUUUCAGUUGAUGGGAAAAAUGUGAAGCAGAUAAAAUGUCAGAGGUGUCCAUCAACAAUAUUAGUACCAGGCACAGCAACUUUAGUAGAAAAUGAGUUUGUGUUGCCAGAUCCACAACUGAAAAGUGAAAAUAAAGAAAUUCCAGAUGAGAACUCUAAGAAAUAUUGGUGUGUUGACAAUAUGUAUGCAUUUGAAAAUGUUGGUUUUAGUAAAAAUGUUGAUGGGGUUAAAUAUUUGAUUUGCGCCGAUUGCGAAAUAGGUCCAAUCGGUUGGCAUGAUUCCAACACCAAGUUAUCCUAUGUAUCUCUGAGUAAAGUUAGUUACUGCUGAUUUUUGUGAUUAAAUGGAAUGAAUACAUCUAGUAUGUACGAUGAUAUGGAAUUGUGAAUCAAUUUUUAUGUUUAUAAUUAUUUUGAAUAUUAUAUGUGAUUAAAUUUAUUUUAAAUCUUUUGAUAGAGGUUUAAAUGAUUUCAACAAAAUGUAGGGAUUGGAAACUGCACUGAAAGUAUUUGAAGACUGAAUGUUACAAAAUGAAUGUUUCUUGCUUGAAUUUUCAGUAAAUGUUUUUGAAGAUAUUUCUAAUUGUUGUAUUUUCUGGACUAAACACAUUUGUUUCAAAGUUGAUAAAUAUAGAUCCUAUGUGUCAGUUUUGUAAUAGACAAGCUGACUUUUUUAAAAAAUAUAAAUGAUUUAUAAAACUUAUUUAGUUCUUCUUCAUUGUUUGUUUUUUAGUUGGCUUACCUCAUAAGUAAUAAAUGGCAUGCUGCUCCA